AUGAACUGCCUGAGGAACUCCCGGUCCGUCUUCUCCCGGCUCAUGGCCCUCCGCCAGUACUGCAACCCCGGGCAGCCCCGGCUGGCCCCUCGAUCGCGCUCCCAUGUCCUAGACUCCAUCCGAGGGCUCUUCUUCCACACCGCCAAGCCUGCAGCCUCCUGUCUAACGCCGUCACUACCGGCAGCCGUCCCACGGAGCCAGCCGUCGAUCCACCGGGCACGCAGUUGGUACCGUGACCCAUGGAAAGUCGCUGGCGCCUGUGGCGCGGCGGUUCUCCUCCCCUAUGCCAUGGUUUUCACCGCCUGCGCCGCGGUCAGCCACACGGAGACCGUGCCCUACACCAACCGCACCCACCGGGUAAUGUUCUCUCCAAAGUUGGAGCGUAAGCUAGGCAACGAAGAUUUCGUGGAGCUCAAGAAGGAGCGCAGCAAAGACAUCCUUGGCCCGUCUGAUCCGAAGACCGUCCGUGUCCGCCAUAUCGCGUCCGAUAUCAUCCGCGGAAUCCAGGAGCUCUUCCCCGCCGACGGCCUGGGCGACGACGACGCUAAGCAGGGAAAGGCAGCGGUACGGUCGCAGACGGGACAUCUCGAUGACCUUCAGUGGGAGGUGAUUGUCAUCAGAGAUAACAGAGCCAAUGCGUGCAGCUUGGGCGGUGGCAAGAUUGUUGUGUUCACUGGAUUGCUCAACUUUCUCGAGACCGAUGCUGAGAUUGCCGCUGUUAUUGCGCAUGAGGCCGCACAUGCUGUUGCUAGGCAUUCAAUGGAGUUGGCGAUGUUAACUCCGCCGAUCCUCAACGAACUGCUGCCCUUCUCACGAAGGACCGAGUUGGAAGCAGACCUCAUUGGAAUGAUGAUACUGGCUGCCGCCGGUUUCGAUCCACGCGUAGCACCUGAGAUCCACCAGAAGCGGGAGAGCACGGUGCUGGAUGAUUACAUUGGCAGUCAUCCUUCGUGUAAGAAAAGGUCACAAGUUUUAUCACGGGGCGAUGCCAUGAAGGAGGCAAUGGAAUUGUACUACAAGCAAGUUUGCUCCGGGAAAGGCGCCAAUCGACGUUUCCCUUAUGGUGGCAAGAUCUCAGAUACUCUUAUGUCAAAGUAA